UUUUCUAUGAAAAGAUAACUCUAUUUCCAUUUUUUUUUUUUUGAAACACAACUCUAUUUCCAUUUUUAAGCUUAGUUUCUCUCUUGCUAGUGUGAACAUUUUAAGUCAAUAUCGUCAACGUUUUACAUACACAGAACCUCUUUGUAAAAUCAUUACUCUCUCUAUCUUUUAAAUCUCUGUGAUCAAUAGAUCUUCUCUCUCAACCGUAGUAAUGGAUCUUUACCUUCUCCUUGUGACAGUUUCUGUAACCAUCUUUACGCUUUUGUGUACUAUAUUAUUUUCUAUUGUUUAUGGAAAGUCCAGAGUCCAAGAAAACAGAGUAAUUGCUUCUUCUCCUUCAUCAUCAUCAUCUCCACCAUCUCCCCAGUCGUCUUUGCCUAUACACGAUGUCUUCCCGAGCUUCCACGGGGCAGAUGUCCGUAAAUACUUUCUCAGUCAUCUUCUCAAGGAGUUUGGGAGCAAAGGAAUCAACCUGUUCAUCGAUAACGACAUCACUAGAGGAGAGUUCAUCGGCCCUGAGCUCAAGAAGGCGAUCCAAGGAUCAAAAAUCGCUAUCGUGUUGCUCUCUAAAAGAUACGCGUCUUCAUCUUGGUGUCUUGACGAGUUAGUGGAAAUAAUGAAGUGUAAGGAAGAGUUAGGUCAAACGGUGAUGCCCGUUUUCUAUGAAGUGGAUCCAACUGAUGUCAAGAAGCAGGCCGGUGAGUUUGGGAAAGUCUUUAAAGAAACUUGUAAAGGUAAAAGAAAUGAGGUUAUUGGAAAAUGGAGUGAAGCUCUAGCAAAAGUGGCCACACUCGCUGGUUACCAUUCAAAGAACUGGGAGACUGAUGCAAAAAUGGUCGAAGAUGUUGCCACUGAUGUUGCAGUGAAGUUGUUUGACUCCACGCCGUCAAGAGAUUUUGACGAAUUCAUAGGGAUGGAAGCUCAUAUGAACAAGAUUUCACGGGUUUUACGCACAGAUUUGGAUGAAGUGAGGAUGAUAGGGAUUUGGGGGCCGGCUGGGAUUGGCAAGACCACCAUUGCUAGGUGUCUGUUUAAUCAACUAUCAGAUACUUUUCAAUACAGCACCUUUCUGAUGAAUGUCAAAGCAAUGUAUACGCCACCAAUUUGUUCAGACGACCACAAUGUGAAGUUGCUUUUGCAGCAAAAGCUUUUGUCUCAACUACUCAACCAGAAGGAGGAGGAUUUCAAGAUUUCUCACUUGGGAGUUGCACGAGAAAGACUGAACGACAAGAAAGUUCUUGUUGUCCUUGAUGAUGUUGAUCGGUUAGUACAACUAGAAGCAAUGGCCAAAGAAACUUGGUGGUUUGGUCAUGGAAGUCAGAUUAUCAUUACAACGCAAGAUCGAAAGAUUCUGAAGGCACAUGGGAUAACUGAUAUUUACGAGGUUAAUCUUCCGUCAGAUUGUGAGGCUAUUCAGAUGUUUUGUAUGUACGCUUUUGGUCAAAAGUCCCCUGAAGAUGGUUUUGAGAAGCUUGUACGGGAAGUUACAAGACUCGCCGGUAAACUCCCUUUGGGACUAAGGGUUAUGGGAUCUUAUUUCCGUGGAAUGUCCAAGCAGGAGUGGGAAAAUGCACUACCAGAGUUAAGAAGAUGCCUUAAUGGAGAAAUUGAGAGGAUUUUGAUGUUCGGUUAUAACGCAUUAUCUCAUGAAAAUAAAUUUUUGUUUCUUCAUAUUGCCUGCUUUUUCAACCGUGGACGUGGAAGGAUAGAUAGAGUAGUGGAGCAUCUUUCAAAGAGCUUUUAUGAUGUGAGGCAACAGCUUAACGUCUUAGCUGAGAAGUCUCUCAUAUCUUUGGAAAGUAAAUAUGUAAUUAUGCAUGAUCUGCUAGUCCAGCUGGGUAGAGAUAUUGUCCGCAAACAGUCCAGGGAGCCUGGACAACGCCAGUUUCUUGUCGAUAAAAGAGAGACUUGUGAAGUUCUUGCUGAUGAUGCAGCGGGUAGUAGAAGCUUGAUUGGCAUUAAGUUCUGCGGAGGAGGCGAAAUAAAUGUGAGUGAGAGAGCCUUUGAAGGAAUGUCUAAUCUCCAGUUCUUAAGACUCCGACUGGCAAGUGACGGUGGAGGAUAUAUGUUUCUAGGCUAUUUAUCUCGUAAACUUAGAUUACUAGACUGGAGCUAUUUUCCGAUGACAUGUUUGGAUUGUAUUCCCAACCCAGAGCUCCUCGUGGAACUAAACAUGUAUGGCAGCAAACUUGAGAAGUUGUGGGAAGGAACUAAACCGCUUAGCAAUCUCAAGUGGGUGGAUUUGAGUGAUUCAAAAAACUUAAAGGAUGUUUCUAGUCUCUCAACUGCCACUAGUCUAGAGGAAUUAAAACUCACAAGAUGUUCAAGUUUGGUAGAGCUGCCUUCCUCUAUAGGAAAUGCCAUAAGAAACGUGCGGUGGAAAUUGGAUUUUAGUGAUUGCUCAAGUUUAGUGGGAGUCCCUUUCUCCAUUGGAAACGCUAUUCAUCUCAUGCAUUUGGAUUUUAGCAGAUGCUCAAGUCUUGUGGAACUUCCUGCUUCUAUUGGAAACCUCCAUAAACUAAACUCUUUGAUUUUGAAAGAAUGUUGCAAGCUGGAGGUUCUUCCUGUCAACAUCAACUUGAAAUCUCUGAGGAGGCUCGAUCUCACUGAUUGCUCCUUGAUGAAAUGUUUUCCUGAGAUCUCGACAAGCAUCAUAUCUAUGUUUCUCAGUGGAACUGCGAUUAAAGAAGUGCCUUCAUCGAUCAGGUUGUGGCCUCAUCUAGAUGAAUUGCAUCUGUCAUACAACGAGAACCUUAAGGAGAUCCCUUUCCCUCAUGUUCUUCACACCAUGACAGGUCUGUUCAUGAGCAACACAGAAGUACAAGAGAUUCCUCCUUGGAUCAAUAGAAUUUAUAGUCUUCGUCGACUUGUAGUCAACGGAUGCAAAGAGCUUUUGUCACUCCCACAGCUUCCAGAUUCCUUAUCAGAGGUAGACGCAGAAGAUUGUGAGUCUCUGGAGAGACUAGACUGCUCCUUUCUUAAUCAAAAGAUUGAUCUCAACUUCGCCAACUGCUUCAAACUGAAUAAAGAUGCCAGAGAUGUCAUCAUCCAGGCAUCGUCUAAUUACAGUUUUACGAUCUUACCUGGUAAAGAAAUUCCUAACUACUUCAAUCAUCAAGCGAGUGGAUGUUCCCUAGUAAUAAAGUUGAACGAGAGGCCUUCACAUUCACCAGUGAUAUGGAAGGCUUGCAUCUUGCUGGUUUGUAAAGAUGAGGUUGAAGCUGCUGAGCGACAAAGUAUGUAUCUAUUUCAUCGGAUCAAACAGAAUGGCCUCGAAGAUGUCCCGUGGAAUGGAAGAACCAACGUUCUGUCUCGCCAUUUAACGGAACAUCUAUACAUCUUUGAAUUCAGAGCAGACGUGACUUCAGACGAACUUUGCUUUGAGUUCAUGGUCAAAGAAGAAUGGACGAUAAAAGAGUGUGGAGUGCAUUACCUUAAUACCAGGUACAAGCAGGUGUAUUCUCGGAAGAGGAAGAGAGUGGAAACGUGUGAGUCAGGGGAUGAGGUGGCAGAAGAGGAAGUUGACUCUGUUCGGCUAGAAGAGUGACGCAAAGUGAUAGGAUAUCAAAGCAAUGACAACACGUGGCUUCUUUAUUUCUUGCUAUUUACUUGUUCAAAUAAGAGACCUAGUCUUUAGGAGAUUAGUUCCCACUUUGUGUUGCGUUCCCGUUUUGUAAGGAGGUGAUGACUCCACUUUCCCUUUUACAUUAUUUGCUUCUUGUACUAUCUAUUUAAAGAAAUGAAAAAGACAAAAAGAGAUAGUCUUAACUCUUAA